AUGUCUGCUACCUACGCUAUAUACACUUCGCCCAACCAUGCACCGGUCGCAUACCAUUUGCCUACAUUGAUCGUGACUCCGUUUGGACAACCCCAGCAUAUCUUGUAUUCGUAUGUGCAUACGAACUACAACAACGAGACCUACUUGCUCACACCAUCCAUGAUGGGAGAACUCUGUGUGGCCAAGACUGUUCCACCUCCAGGAUCCCGUCGCCUUGGUGGCCCACCUGCGCUUGUGACUAAGGAGCGUUCGGUGUUUUGCGAAGCAUCGCGCAACUUGAAAUGGACGAUCACCAAUACAGGAAUCAAUGCUCCUGUUUACAAACUGACGCUACCAAACCCAGACAUGCCUGGAAAUGAUCAGCCUCUCUUCCAGAUCUCAAAGCCCAACCCAAAUGAUAUGUGGUGGACGAUGUUCUACUUCACUUACGGUGGACAUUUGAUCCCCCCGAAGCGCGUCGAGUUCGGCCGUAUUCAGAAGAAUGCGACUGCUGGUAAUGGUGGUGGAUCGGGUACGCGCGUGACCAUUUCUGGACGUACGCCGGAAGAAAAAGCAGUUUGGCAAACUCUGGGUGAAGGCAAUGAGGAUAUGGUGGAAUGGAUUGUGCUCUGUGCUGCCUUGAAUUUGAUUGACGAGGAAAUCGUCAAAGCUGCCAGCCGCCCUGCAGAGCAGCAGCAACAACAACAACAGUACCGUCAGUCAGCAGCCAUGGCGGAUCCAUCCACAUCGCGUCCAAGUCAUGGCACAGCGGUACCUACAAAAGUUACGCCUUCUGCCAUGCCAAGCCACGUUCCUGGAGCUCGGAACCGCAAUGUAUCCAAGCCAGAGGCAGCCAGUACGAUCAAAGGCAAGGGAGGUGCGAUGCGAUUCUUGAAUCUGAAGAAGUAA